GGACCUUUUCUCCAUUCCGGCAAAAAUCCAUCAACAUAGUAACUCCUUUUGAGUUCAAAAUCAAUCUUUCACUUCAAACCCCAUCUUAUUCAACACUUAGCAAAAGAGCUUAUUCAAAAUCAAACUUCAUAUUUUUCUUUGCAUCAAAAUGGAGAGAAAUUCUUUCUGGGUAGCCUUCAUUGCAUCCCUUUUCCUCCUAAGAAUGGUUAAUUGUGUUGAUUAUGAGGUCAAGAGCACAAUGAUACUCUUUCUUGCACAACUCUCUGGCAAUGAUAGUCAUCAGAACUUCACUUUGAAUUGGAAACUAGGCUCCGAUCCCUGCAUAGAUCAAUGGCAAGGUGUAGAGUGUGAUACUAAAAACUCAUCCAUCAAGAAUUUGCUUCUUGACAAGCUAAGCUUAUCUGGAACUCUUGAUGUUGCUAUGCUUUGCAACUUGCAUCCCCUGGCUGCAUCUCUCACUUAUCUUAGUCUCGACGGCAACGGCGUCCACGGAGGCAUCCCGGAAGAGAUUGGAAGCUGCAAACAACUCACUCAACUACAAUUAAGCGGAAACCAACUUUCUGGAACCCUUCCUAGUUCACUUUCCAAGUUAAACAAUUUAAAGAGUCUUGAUAUAUCUAACAACAAAUUUUCGGGACAGUUACAUCCUGAUUUGGCUAGAAUCUCAACGCUGAAUAUGUUCCUAGCACAGAAUAAUCAGCUCAGUGGAGAAAUUCCGCCGUUUAAUUUCUCUAAUUUCGACCGGUUUGAUGUCUCCUUCAACAAUUUCAGUGGAGUUAUUCCAGAUAUACAUGGACAUUUCACCUCUGAAAGCUUCCUCGGUAACCCUCAACUCUGUGGCGAUCCAUUACCAAAGAGUUGCACCGGCUCGCCGGUGCCUGCUAGCAAAGAUUCCGAAGAACGGAAGGAAUCGCCGGUGCCUGCAGCCGCUGCCGGCGACAAUGCUGAUGAACGACCAAAGAAGUCAUCAAAGGGCCCUUCAAAAGAGCAGAUUCUUAUGUAUUCAGGCUAUGCGGCGAUUGGAGCUUUAGUGAUCCUUUUAAUUGUGUGGAAGCUGUGCAGAAGAAAAAAGAAAGAAAAGAGAAUUGAAGCAUUGAAUGAGAAAGUUGAAACUCAAGGUAGUGCUCAAAAAGCUAGCCAUGUUUCAAGUGAAUACAGAGCAGGAGUAAGCCGAUCAGACUUCUCAUUAACUUCGGAGAGCGGCAUGGUUUCGCAAUCACUCGUGGUUCUUUCGAAUUCGAGGAAUAGUAUGCAUGAAUUGAAAUUAGAAGACUUGCUCAAGGCUCCUGCUGAAUUGAUUGGAAGAGGAAAGAAUGGUAGCCUUUAUAAGGUGAUUCUUGAAAAUGGGACAACGGUGGUUGUGAAAAGGAUCAUCGAUAGGUCUGUUCCCGGUCGCGAUUUCAAGCAAAGAAUGCAGAUUUUGAGUCAAGUGAAGCACCCUUAUGUGCUCUCACCUCUUGCUUUCUAUUGCUCCAAGCAAGAGAAGCUUUUGGUCUAUGAAUAUCAGCAAAAUGGAAGUUUAUUUAAGCUUCUACACGGUGCCCAAAAAUCCUUCGACUGGAGCAGCAGGCUUGGGAUUGCAGCCACGACCGCUGAGGCAUUAGCUUUCAUGCAUCAAGAGCUUGGGCAACAAGGUAUCUCACAUGGCAACCUAAAAUCAUCCAACAUUUUGCUAAACAAGAACAUGGAGCCAUGCAUAAGUGAGUAUGGUGUGAUGGGUGGAGACGACGACCAACAACAACAACAUAGUUCAUCUUUUGUUAGUCCUUUCACUUCCAUGUCAUCAUCAGAUCACGCCGCCUUCAAGGCCGAUGUGUAUGGAUUCGGCGUCAUUCUGCUCGAACUACUCACCGGAAAGUUGGUAAAGAGCGAAGGGAUGGAACUGACGGAGUGGGUUCAGUCUGUUGUGAGGGAAGAAUGGACGGGGGAAGUGUUUGAUAGGACUCUGAUAUCAGAGUAUGCAAGUGAAGAAAGGAUGGUGAAUUUGCUUCAGGUCGCUAUAAGGUGUGUUAAUCGUUCCCCUGAGGCUAGGCCAAGUAUCAACCAAGUUGCUCUAAUCAUUAACACUAUAAAGGAGGAAGAAGAAAAGUCUUUGAUUUAUCAAGUGUGACCCUUGUCCCAGUUACAAUUUUCUUGUAUGUGGAAUCUCUUUAUCAUCCAAUUUCUGUACAUGUGAACAGUGAGAAUCACGAAUUAAUUGGCCUGUACUAAAAUUAUUGCUUCUAUGU